UCCGGUGUGUCUCUUCUUGCCGGAAGAGGAAGAUGGCGCCGGCCGGGGCGGCUUUGGUGGUGCUUUUGGGCCUGGUGUCCUCGUCCGAGGCGGCUUCGGAGGCGGUGACGUGCGGGUCCGUGGUGAAGCUGCUCAACCCCCGCCACGGGGUCCGCCUCCACUCGCAUGACGUCCGCUACGGCUCCGGCAGCGGUCAGCAGUCAGUGACCGGAGUGACCUCCGUGGAUGACAGCAACAGCUAUUGGCGCGUCCGGGGCAAGACCUCUACCGUCUGCGAACGAGGGACGCCGGUCAAGUGCGGACAGGCCAUCCGGCUGACCCACAUCAACACCGGGCGCAACCUGCACAGCCAUCACUUCACCUCACCCCUCUCGGGCAACCAGGAGGUCAGUGCCUUUGGGGAGGAGGGCGAAGGUGACGUCCUGGACGACUGGACGGUCCUUUGUGGCGGCAGGUACUGGGACCGCGAGGACGAGGUGCGCUUCAAGCACUCCUCCACCGACGUCCUCCUCUCGGUGACCGGGGAGCAGUACGGCCGGCCCAUCAACGGUCAGCGGGAGGUGCAUGGCAUGGCCUACUCCAGCCAGGACAGCUACUGGAAGGCCAUGGAGGGCAUCUUCAUGCGGCCCUCAGAGAUGCCCAAGCCGCCCCACGCCUACCGCUCUGAACUAUGACCUUCCAAACCUUUGGGACUCUCCGUUUGUCCUGACCAGACGGGCCUUCGGACACCUUCAAGGAAGAAGAUGACCACCCUUCUCCGUGUUUCCGUCCACCUUCUAUUGCUGAUAUUCAAGCACACGGGUGCCAUCAAUAAACAUAUGCAUUAUUUUCCAUGCAAAAA